AUGCUACCGUCUUUUGUCAGAGCAGUGCCGAACGGUACGGAGCGAGGCAAUUUUUUGGCUCUCGAUCUUGGCGGCACUAAUUUCCGAGUGCUACUCAUAAAGCUGAAGGAAACUACGGCCGAGAUGACUGGGAAGGUGUAUCGCGUCCCGGACAACAUCAUGAAAGGAUCCGGUGUCGUGGUAAAUCUUUAA